GAAAUUUCCGGCGAGAAAAGGAGUGCAGAGAAUGAUGGAUCUCUUGGUACUGAUGCAAAGCGACAAAAGCUGGCAGGUAACUGAUAAAUAAGGAAAGUUAUAAAUCAAUGAAUAAAAAUAAAUAAGUAAAUAAAUAAAUCAAUACGUGCUUAUCCUCUUCAACGAAACAUCUAAUCCAAUAUAAACAUAAGAGAGUUGCUCGGUAAGCAACAAGUGUAAAGGCGCAUAGGAAGUUAAGUUCGCGGUUAUUGCUCGUGAUUGACAGUUUUGCAUAAAAGUUACGGGAUGUUGAAAGUGACAGGGGUUGGGUUAGGAAAAAUAGAAGUUGUGGUGAUUUGUUUCAAAUUUUGUUGAAUGGAUUUUUACGGAUUUUAAAGCAGAAACCAAAGGAAAAUCAAGGGUUAAGGAUCCCAACUUGCAGGAGGCAAACCUGUUGGCUGAGGAUUUGAACACGGAACUAUUGAGAACUAGCGGUUCGGGCGGGAGUUCCGGCUACCCUCCCUUUCCCUAUGUAAAGUUCCAGUAUUAGGGAGCUUAAGCAGCAACGUUUUUGAGCGACGCACGUCAACCGGAAGUGGCCUUUUUUCAAAUUUUGACGGUGGUUUCGCGCAAAUUUUCAGUCAGAUCGCCUCCAUAACAGUAAAGAAGCUAAGGAAUACAAAUUUUAUAUCAUCAAGGCAUGUUAAGGGGGAAAAUACCUCACUUCCGGUUGACGUGCGUCGCUCAAAAACGUCGCUGCUUAAGCUCCCUAUUUAUAGCUCCUGACCCCCCCCCCCCCCCCCCCCACCAUCCAGUUGUUUCUCAUGAAGACUUAUCAUCACCCUAAAGGUGAUAACAGCUGCAUCAACAGUCACAGAUUACAAUGUCUUCUAUUUGCUUUUUGCAGGAGAUGUACCACUUGAGGUUUUGACUCAGAUCGUAGGAACUAUAUCUGACCCUUCCGCCAUGUUAGGCCCGGAGGUUUGUUACAAAUUUCAAGUAUUUUGUGGUGGUUUUUAAAAGUUCUUAUCCAGUUGUAUGCUGCAAUAGGCCAUUUGCGCGAUGACAUCAUUUUACUGCUACGAUCAGACUUUCCUAUUUAUAUUCACGACUAAGAGACGGGAAUGGGUGUGCAGCUCGAACUAUGGAGCCUGAGUGUUUAAUGCCGUCCAAAUAACAUACAAAGUUCAACAUCAUAACUAAAGAAUGGUAAACAAAUAUUCCUAAAUAAAGUCACUCAGGCUAAACUAUUCACGUGCGCCGCCUGAUACGAAAACCCAAAAAACCCAAUGGGAAAAAAUUGGGAACGUAUUCCCCAACCGAUGCGGUCGCACAACCUCUGGGGGUUAAAGGUAAAAAAUCAAUCGAUAGAUGAAUAAAGUAAGGUAUAAAAAUAAAAUUUGAUAGUUCGAGAGCUGAGAUGAAUACAUUACAACUGUCAAAACCUUAUAUACCUUACAACAAUAGAGUCAAUUAACGCCAUAACGGCUCACGUGCGUUCAUACCAAUAGGAAAGUAUUUACAUUCUCUGUCACUGCCACUACGUUUAGCUCCGCCGAAUGUAAAUACAUUUCCUAUUUAUAUUCACGACUAAGAGACGGGAAUGGGUGUGCAGCUCGAACUAUGGAGCGGCUGAGAAAACAAAGAACGGGAAACAAUACAGUCCAAGAGACAUAGAGACCGCUAAUCGGCUCUCUAUCGAGUCUGCAAAGUAAACAUCCUAGCGUUUUCCGAACGCCAUCUACCAUGGCGCUUAAACAUUCUAUCGGAGAUACCACCAUUAGCGGCGGCAGAUGCACCGCCACUUCUGAAGCUGUGCCAAGAGAAAGACUUAAGAUCUAAGCCCACGUCUGUAGUCUUCUUCAAUAAAACUUCUCUACAUCUUGUAGUCCAUCCGCCCAGGCUCCAAAUGUCUUGUAAGAGCCAGACUUGGUUGAAUAUUUCCGAACAAAUAGUCGUCUCCACCUUGGUAAGAUGUCGGUAAAGUGAGUUUGGCUUACGAUAAGUACUUCUCUAAAUUACCCCAGGGGAAAACAAUCCGUGCCAGACUUGACAAUAGGGACAAUAGCGCCCUCGCGAAAUUGAUCAGUUUUACUACUUUCAAUAAAAGCUCAAAACGAGGUGUCAUGCAGAGCUAAAUCUUUAAGUUUCAGAUUAGCCAAUUCGUCAAAUCUUAAGAACCCCGCAAGGGCCAGUAACGCCAUGGCGAUGAAUCUCGUGUCCACCAAAGAUCCAUCGAGACUCUGAAAAAACGUUAGUAAAAUUUCGGGUGUAAUGGGGAGCUUUUUGGAAGUGAGGUGUAAUAGCCUUCUCUUAGCGGACUCCACGACCUUCUGGGGAAGCGUAUGAUUGGUAGGAGAGUCAAAACCAGCAAAAUCAUGAGCCCAGCGGAUGCUAUAGAGGGCGUUCUGGACCGGCGCAGGAGAACUAGAAGCCUGGAGAACACUGAGCAGGUAUGAAGAAACGUAAGCCGGAGUAGCAGGCAGCACUGCGACCUCGGGAAAUCUGUUGGCCCAAGCACGCCAUCGCUUAAAACUGUUGAGGUAGGUGAGAGUAGUCGAAUCUGUCCUGGAACCAAGGACUACCUCCGGUAGCUUUUUUGCUACGCAGCGUAGGGAGGGAGCUCUGACAUCGUUAAGCUCAGCCCACAUAGGGCUAGCGAAAAACAUCUGAAAAACAGAAGAAAUAAAAGACCAUAUGGAUUCAAUAUAAGGACUUAAAAAAUGAAAAAGAUGCACGAGAAAAAAGGAGCAGAAAAAGGAAACGCGCGUAAUAUGUAGUGCAAAAACAUACAACUAUCACACAGAUACAUAACAAGAGAGUGGCCACCGAGGCGCACGCGACCAUAUAUAUGGGGGACCUGGAAGGAUUCAAAACUGACCGAGGUCACGCAAGAAUGUAACGGUACGACCCGUCGGGAUCAGUGAAGGUACAAACAAGGUCACCGAGACCCGCGUAAAUGCCACCGAGGCAAAAGAAAAAACAGAACAAAUCACUCAAAAAUAAUAAACCACACUAAUAUAGGCUAAACAAUAACUACACGUAACUGCGGAAAAGAAACUAAGCCUAGAAGCACAAAUCUAACAAGCCGACAAACGGACGGCUAAUACAUGAGACUAAAGUUAGGGCCAUAAAAAAUAGACUCUGUGGAGCCCGGAACAGAAAUAUUAGAAACAUUGGUAAAAAACAAUGGUCUCUUUAACGCAAAAGGAAAAAGGGGGAAUGGGGACCAAAGAGCAUGGGCCAAAAUGGAGCUGAGACCCACUUGGGGACAAUAAUAGAGCCCAUGGACCGACAUACAAACAAAUGCCUAAUAACCCUGGGAACAAGGGACACUGGGGAAACGAGCUAGUUAUUCUCCCCCGCCCUGUCAAAACAAAAGGCAUCCACCCCCUCCAAGUCAGGAUACCAGAAACGAGAAAAAAAUCUGGGCAAUUUGCGGUAUUAGAAUGGGCAAAACGAUCUACGGAAGUGGACCCCAAAUGUUGUCUACAAGGCGAAAAAAUUCAAACGAAACACCCCAAUCAUCAAAGUCAACGAUCCUGCUGAUGGCAUCCACGUGCCCAUUGAGAGACCUAGGAAUCCAGUCCACCUGCAAAUCAAUACCAUUUCGCAAAACUAGCUGAAAAAUAGAGACGGAAAGUUCGUGUAAACCCCGCUUCAUACUCCCGUUGCGAAUAAUGGACGGAAUGUAGCGGUUAUCCGUAAACCAUUAAAUCGCGCGCCCUGACAAAACUACGGAAAAACUAGAGAGACAAAUAUAGCUGGGAAACAUUUCAUUAGCAGUCCACGGACGAUGACAAAUAACACCCUCGUGGUCUUAACAACACCGCCAACCCCUAGAUCACUAGCAUCUGAAUAAACAAUGGAACGAGAACAUGAAAAGUGACGCCCAGUGGGCCUACCAUUCAAACACCGAACGUUCUCUUUCCAGAAAAAAAAGCUCUUCUUUGACAGAAUCGGACAAAGGAAACCUAGAGUCCCAACUAGACUGAAGGACGAUGGACAUAUGAAUAACCUUUGUCAUCAACGGUUGUAACAUAACCUACAGCUAGUUUAAAGGAAUUAAUACGACCAGCAAGAACGGACAGUUCCUGGCAGUGCAACAAUUAGCCUCUAAAAGGGAAUCAAUAUCAGAAAGAACCCGUUUGAGUUUUAUCCCUGAACAAAAAAGGAAACCCUGAAAAAGAUCAAUGGGGAAACCCAAACAAUCAAGGGCUGAUGUAGGAACCCAAACAGAUUUCUCGAGGUAGGGUACAAAGCCAGAACGAAUCAAAUCAGUCUUAACCCUGGUGGAAUGGUCUAAAGCAACCGGAUAUGAAGGCCCCUCCGCUAAACCAUCAUAAAUAUAAACGACAAUGUGAAUACCAACCCACCUUCAGUAGGCAACGAGAGGCCUAAAAAUCUUGUGUAAACAAAAGGGAUUGAACAGGGGCCGAAGGGCAGGACCCUGAAACAAAACUAACGGACCUUACCCUGGUAAAACCAGGAAAAACCCAAAAAUGUCUGGUGGGGCGGGAAGAUAAGGACAUGAUGAUAACCCCUCUUAAUGUCAAAUGAAAACAUGAAAUGACCCUUGUCAAAAUAAUUCAGAGCCACCUUAAGAACCUCAAACUUGACCUUUGGCUUCCAGACAUGCUUAUUUACAAACCUAAGGUCCAAGAUCAACCUCUUCCUCCCAGAUGAUUGAACAGAAACGGAAAGAGGGUUGACGUUAUGGGGCAGGACCCCAGAUCCAAAAAUGCGAUUGGUAACCAACAAUUAGGAAACAGCUUCGUUAACAAAAUCAGAAUGCGUCAAAGCUGACUUAUUAUAACUAGAGUGGAAAGGAAUACGAUAACCAUGCUCGAUAAAUCUAGAAUAUAUUGACUGGCGCCUAUAGAACGCCAAAACUGAACAAUGAUAUGGGAUUUUAGCCUACCGGCUACAACGAUAGUAGAACUACGACCCUGUUCAUAUUCAAAAAAAGUCAAAAUCAUCUUCAACAAAAUUCCUUAACUUAUCUGUGUCCUCGACGAGUGCACCAACAUCCGAGUCCAUCACGUACGAUUCCCAGGUUGGCUAGGUGAAAACUACGCCUGAAGGACGGGGCACUGAUUCCUGAAAAGGCCGAAACUGCCAAAACUGCCAACACUGCCAACACGCGAACCACGGUGAGCCUUAGGCCAAUUGACGGCAACGAAAGGGUUCGAAAAAUUGGAACUUUCCUUUAACUCUUCGAAGGCCUUUUCAACUUGAGGCGAAGACGCCUGAAGGGCGGUAGAAGCAGACUGGACGUGUUCAAGAACUUCAGAAUUAAGUAGGAACUGCUUCUCGUUGCCUUUCUUUUAAAACUUCGGAACAUUAGCAGUAGCUGUCUUGAGCUUCUUCAGCGCAGCGUCGUGUUCUUGUGCAAGUUCUCUCUUUAAAGAAGAUAAACCAGAUCGAAACUCGUCUUUGAGCUCGGAAAUGCUUCGCGCGAGAUCAUCAUCGGACGGCAUUUUAAAAUUUGAUAGUUCGAGAGCUGAGAUGAAUACAUUACAACUGUCAAAACCUUAUAUACCUUACAACAAUAGAGUCAAUUAACGCCAUAACGGCUCACGUGCGUUCAUACCAAUAGGAAAGUAUUUACAUUCUCUGUCACUGCCACUACGUUUAGCUCCGCCGAAUGUAAAUACAUUUCUCAGGGUUUUGCUUUUUGUGUGCAAAUUAGGGCCCUCUCACUGGAAUUACCAAAUUUAACUAAGAAAGGAGAAACGAAAAGGAUUCUGGUCGUAGUAGUUAAAUUACGCCUUCUUGCCAAAUGGCCUAUUCAAGGAUUUUUGUCCAUCUUUGGAGGCUAAAGGACGAGGAUAUUAGUGUUUUACAUACUGGCGUUAAUGCGGUCACAGUCAUUUUAUAUUUCCCGCGCUACUCGACGCAUGCUGUGAGUCUUUUUGGCGGGAAAUUUCGUAGCCACUCUUGUGAUUGCAUGGUUGUUUUAUCGUGGGACGCAAAUCAAUCUGAAAUAAACAUCCUAGUAGCUUUCAUGGUCGCUUUCUUUUAUCUGUUUUACAUUUCCAUCCUUAUAUCCCACAGGAAAUUUAUCGUGGGAAGAAGCGGUUACAUACGCAGUGAAUAGAGAUCUUUAGAUUCUAAGGCGAGGACAAGUACGAGGAGGAGACUCUUCCAACACUAAGUAGUGCGCGUACUUGAACCACCGUCAUUUUGGCGGGAAAACGUGGUAUCUCUCGUCACUCAACUACGGGUUUUAGCGACAAUGUCGCAGUGACAGAAACAAGUUAUCAAAUGUCACAAGUUUUAUCAUUUUCCGAUGGGGAGAGGGCUUACAAUGUAACAUCCUUCAAUAAAAAUAACCGUGCUAACUUUUCUGGGGCAAAAAAAGUACAAUGAUGCUUUCUGGGGUGUUUAUUUUUAAGAAUACGCGAAAAAAACAUUAAGUUAAAUCUCAUCCUCGUGGAGGUCCUCGUCCUCGGAUCUAAAGCCAAGGUCUUUAAUUUCCCCAUGUAAACUGCCUUAUCCCACGGGAUAAAAGCUCGGUUUAACCGGAACUGUUGUUUUAACUGUUUCAGGGUGGACUGUACCCUGGAACUCACAGCGCCAGAGAUGAGGCUGCUCGCUGCGAAGAAAGAAGAGGCGUGAUUGAAUUCCAUGUGGUGGGCAAUUCAUUCAACAGACAGCCUUCAAAACAAACACUUCUUUGGCUGGUAGGAUUGCAAAACGUGUUCUCAUAUCAGCUGCCAAGAAUGCCGAAAGAGUACAUCUCGAGACUUGUCUUUGACCCGUAAGUAUGAAUUAUACAGGUGUAACCUGCGUAGCAGUCUUCCCCGUUUCCUUUAAGCAACGCGGAAAAAAUGGGGGGUGGGGGUGGGUCCCCAUCUCCGUCCCUUUUUAGAGCGCGUCACGUGCGCUUCUCUCGCAUUGCAAGAGCCCAUAACUCGGAACGAUCAACUUCCAUGUACUCGCGUCACAUUUUCACGACUAGUUUAUUUUAAGAACGGUUUUGGCGCGAAUUUAGAAUAUGAAGUUCCACAAACAAGUCAGCCCAAACCGCAGACUUGAAAAUGAUAUUUUUGACCUUUUAAUGAUGUUUACGAUACUUUGAAUGCCCUCAUAGACGGAGCAGAAAAAGAAAAUUUGUUGUGAUUUGUUUCAAAUUUUGUUUGACGGAGCAAAAAGUGCUCUAAAAUAUAUCUAAAAAUAAACCGUUUUGUGAAAACGUCGUAACAUAGGCCUAGUAUUGGAGUUGCUCGCUCCGCGUUACUGCCUCCUGAGUCCUGACGCAGGCUCAUAUUGAUGGAAAGCUUUCAGUCCAUGCAUUCGUAGAAAGGAAAAGGUGGAGUAGAUUUUGCUUUAUUUUAGCCUUCAUUUACGUCAAAUUCCCCUCACAAAUCUCCUUUCCCUUUCGUCCUCGGCUGAAAAAAUUCAUUAUCAGUUUCUUUUUAACGUUAAGGCUUUCCAGUUUAAGGUUUUACCCAGUAAAACUUGAAAAGUAUGCCAUCUUAUAGGCACCGAGAAAUUCUUUACUUGACGCACUUGCGAAUCGAACCUGUGUCUUGUGAAAUCCCAGUUGAAGUUUAAAGAUCCUAUUUUCUACUGAGAUGCACGGACGUAACUACAAACACUGUCAGUAAAGUAAAAGGUCCAACAAAAUCGAAAUGGUGUCGCAUAACUUACACUCCCUGCUAGAGUUGGUGCAGGUUCUAUGUGAGAUGCAUUGUUGUUGAUUGUAAGUUGUUUUAUUUUGCAGAAAACACAAGACUCUAGCUUUGGUCAAGGACAACAAGCCGAUUGGUGGAAUCUGUUUCCGCAUGUUUCCCUCGCAGAACUUCACAGAAAUCGUGUUUUGUGCGGUCACUUCAAAUGAGCAAGUCAAGGUAUUAUCCUUCGCGUGUGUAAAGUCAGUUAGCCAUUCAUACUGCUUGUAACUGUCAGUGGUAUUGCUCCUGUCAGUAAAUAGAAAUUUUACGAGUAAAUUUCCUCAAGAGAUAAAAAAGAUAAAUUUAUUAUCAUCACUACCGCCACCAUCACCAUCAAUUUUUUUAGUAUUACUGUUUUAUCAUCAUCGACUUUUUCUUCAUCCAUCAUCGUUUUCGUCAUCAUCAUGAUCAUCAUCAUUAUGUUUUUAUGAUUAUAACAAUAAUUUAUAAUUGUAACAAUAACUAUUAUCACCACUGACAUCAUCAUCAUCAUCAUUAUCAUUACCUGUUAUUAUUAUAAUCAUAGUUAUCUUUAUUAUUAUUAUUAACCUAUUCCAUUUACUUGCGCGUCUUUCCUAAUUUCUGAGAGCCUGGAACAGGCUACAUUACUCCAAAUUCUUCCAACAGUUUGUUUGAGAGUAUAUUGAAACUCGUAAGGAGCCCCGGGUAAUACUCUCCUGGAAACACUUACGAGGACUUUCUUGUUGACCCCAGCGUUAUUUGUUUUGUCGUUGAAGGGGUAUGGCACACAUCUCAUGAAUCACCUCAAGGAUUACCACGUCAAGCAUUCGGUUUUGAACUUUUUGACAUAUGCUGAUGAAUACGCGAUUGGAUACUUCAAAAAACAGGUAACUCAACCGAUUCAAUACUUAGUAAAUACCUUGUGGUAAAGUUAAGGCACGAACAACCACGGCGACGACCUUAGAUAUAACGACACGCGAAUUCGCGCUGUUUCAAACUUCUUCGCGCUUAAUACAACUCGCUCACCAAAAAGUGUGACACAAGUGCACAGUUGUUGUUUUGCUGAUUAAGGGUAUUGUUUAUUUUAUGUUCUCGUUACCGUCGCUGUCGAGGCUGCUUGAGCUCUCUAUUAUAGCACAAACAAAGAAGUUAGUAGAUCCAAUAUGAAAAUGACCCAGCGGUUGACACUCCCGCCAAUAGUCCACUCAUCCUUUGACGUCAUAGAUUUUUUUCAGUGGUGCAGAUUCAGAGAGGUUUGGCGGGAAACAGUUUCACUGUUACACGUCAUGUGACCUCUCUUCGGCCAAUGAGUGUGAACGUUGGGCAAAAUGUUCAAACUAUUUUUAUCUAUUGUUCAAAAGGGAUUCAGUAAGGACAUCAGAAUACCCAAAUCGUCCUACAUUGGGUACAUAAAGGAUUAUGAGGGUGCCACUUUGAUGCAUGUAAGUCUAUCAUGUUUUUUCUAACAUUUUUCUUUUCCUCGACACGUUGUCAACAUUUCCUUUGUUGUUCAAACUUUCUCGGAGUUGUACCUUUGAUAGGCCACUUCCGAGUUCCAAAAACCGUUAUUUUCAAAAUGAGGCUAGGUGCACAACUUUUCUUGUGAAAAUGAGUUUCAUUUGCAUGAGAAUGAAAAAUGAUUUCCACAUCAAAGGCUGAGCACCUACCCUCGUUUUGAAACAGAGGCCCGGGGGAACCCGGAAAUGGUCUGUUGGCUAGAAUUUUUUAAGAAAUAGAAAGCGCUGUUCAUAUUUUAACAAAGUUUUCAAACUGAAAUAUGACUGGUCAUUCGGGAGAAUUAAGAGACAAGUUUUCACAGCCUUCCUGACUUCUCCAAGGGUUACACUUUUGCUACCCAUGAUGAUGUGAAAAGUAAUAUCAUUUACUUGUGAAAAAAAAAAGCCGUCGUGCAAAUUCGCCCUUGUUAGGGUUUUUCUUAUCACUAACUGAUCUUGAUUCAUUCAGCACACAAGUCAGUAUUAGUUACCAGAGGUCAAAAGCUCUCUCGCCUUAGACUGUAAAAUUGUUAAUCAUAACUAUAACAAAAUUCUCAAAUCUGAUUGGUUCUCAACUGCCCUGAUUUCAGCCUUAAUAGGACAGUUUAAUAGGACAGUACGCGUCAUGCCUAAGUAAUUGGACAGUACGCGCCAUCACGCGCGCGCUUAAAUGGCUUUUUUGUUUUCAUUGCUAGCGAAAAAAUCGUGGAAUUUCUUGUGUUUUGAUUUAAAAAGAGCCCUAUAUAUCACAAAUUUUGUUAAAGUUAUGAUUAAUUGGUAACAGAACUUCGUGUCGUCCAAUUCGGUCUGUAAUCAUACUCGUGAUUAAACAAAUCGGACUCCCGCUACGCGGUCGUCCGAUUUUGUUAAUCACUCGUAUGAUUACAGACCGAAUUGGACUCCACUCAGUCCUGUAACCAUUACAAAUUGCACAACUGGCUCCAGUUUUUCAAAAGGUAAAUAACACUAUCCACUGGAUAAUCUCUAUCCGUUGGAUAACGCAAUUGGUGUCCCUAAUUCUUAUUAACUGGAUAUUGAUUUAUGAGGUGGAUAGCGCUAUCUAACGUUGGAACAACAGGGGCUUGUACUCCAUGUGUUUUUCAUGGCUUUCUUUUGACAGUGUGCCAUUAAUGCAAGAAUUCAGUACACAGAAUUCUCCACCAUCAUCCGAAAGCAGAAAGAGGUAGGUUUACCCCACGUGACAGUUUUUCAACCAAUAAGAGGUGACUAGAUCUUUUGCGAUUUCUCGCGCUUGUCUAGCGCCGUCGCUGUUAUGUCUUCUCCCUAGCAAUAUCACAGGAAGCUCGAACCCUUGAUAGCUAUCUGUAAGCUUUAUCAGCAAUUUGUAAAGCUACGUGUAAACGGACACAACAACUCUCAACAUUGUUGGGCCAACAUUGUUGGGAGUUGUUGCGUUCGUGUUGGUAGUGUAGUGCAAACAGGUGCAACAACUCCCGUCAAUGUUGGAAUCUGCUGGUUAUCGUAGGAAGAAUACAGCCUUUAAGACUUUGGAGACCAUGUGUGAAGAGCUGGAACAGCUGCGCUACGCUUCGGCGAUAACGGAACAAAAGAAAUGUUGAGAGUUGUUGGCUCAAAAGAUUAACCGGUUUCAAACUUUGCGCAACAACAUGCAACAGGGUGUGCAAACGGACGCAAUAAGUAACAUCCAACAAUGUUGCAUCGGUUUGCACGGGGUUGAAGCUUAUAGAGCCUUUUCACAAGACAUGACGUGUCACGUCCGCUAUGUUGUGUCCCAGAAUAAUGAAAUGGCUGGCGGCCAUGUUGGUGUCCAGUCUUGUGGGAGUUGAACUCUUUUGCUAUGAAAACGCUUUCUGUUGGCGCAAAAAUUUGUAUAACUGCUGGACAAAUGGGUGAAAACGCUCUCUAGGCAGCCAUACGGCUUUUGGGCUCCUUGUGGUGGUAUCUGUUGCCGCCUGCGAGCGAGCUCUCCAUUUCUAGUGGCGAGCAAAGCGAACCUCGAGACUCACUUCUCCUUUCGCGUGCGGCACACGCGUGACUUCUCGCGACUCCCCCAAAUGGAAAGCUAUAGUAUCUGACACUGAAUAGACACUUUGCGCAGUUUUUUAAAAGAGUUGUCACUAAUCUUUUCUUGCAGAUCGUCAAGAAACUAAUGGAGAGGAGACAGACUGAAAUUCGAAAAGUCUAUCCUGGACUCAAGUGUUUCCAAGAAGGGGUCCGACAUAUCCCUAUUGAGAGCAUUCCGGGAAUACGUAAGUGCCGUCGAUCCUGAAGCUAAAGACAUCCCCAUUAAUUGAAGCUACCAAAAUACCCGACUAACAGUAACUAAGGGAACUUUCAAUGUCGCCUAAGACAACGAGACUUAAAACCUGGAACCCAGAUCACCCCGAAACUCUCCGGAACACGUCAAAUAAAAUACGGCAGCGGUCCGGCGGUCCAACUUCCACCCGUCUUCGCUGUUCACAUGGUAAUGUUACUUAAGUCUAUGGUCAAGAGGCCAGGUGAAUGUUGUAUCUGAUGGCUUCGCUGAGAGGGGGGAGGGGUUAGGACCUCUAGACCCCCGUACCCCCCCCCCGAUCCGUAACUAACUACUAGCUCAGCCAGAUUGUCGUAUAAAAGUUGUUUUCAUCUCUACUCUGCUGUUACAGAUAGAAGACUUUUUGGUGGCUGUAGAUAACCUCAGGCUUAAAUUCGAUGAAACGCUCAAAUUUUAAUCCACUUACCAGCAAAGCAUUCACGUGUUUCAUCGGUUUGCAGCCUGUCCAAUGAUUCAAUGUAGAUACUGGCACGCAAGGCGUACACACAACGAAAAGCAGAUAACAUUCCUUACAUUUCCCAGCCUUUAAAAAGGAAUCAAUCCUAAUUUGGCAGAUAAAAAUCAUGAUGAGCAUGUGUUCUUUUUUUGUCAAUGCAGGUGAGACAGGAUGGAAACCCUCUUUGACAAAAAGGUUUGUUGUAGUUCUUUAAACUUGAUGCUACUCUGUGGCCAAAUCACCCAGAAGCAUUGCCGGAUCAAUUGAGGUUCCUGGGUAACUGACCACCUACCCCUCCCUAAGUCACAAUUUUGCCAAAAGCGAGAACUACGUGUUAAUGUUGACUUUGGGGAGGGUUAGGUGGUCAGUUACCCAGAAACCUUAAUUGAUCUGCAUUGCCCCAUGUAGGAUAAUCCAGAUUCCGGAAUCUGGGAAAUUUUUUGCUUGUGGAUUCCGGAAUCCUGGGCUUUGGAAUCUAUAAUUCAGCUCUAAGAAUCUUAAAUCCAAGUUCCACCAAUACGGAAUCCGGAAUCCAGUAGCUACAAUCCUGAAUUUACAGCGUGGAGUCCAGAAUCCAAGGCCGCCUUGGAUUACCUUACACGGAGCGAGAUGUUUACAAGCUUUAUUAUAAUUAUUCUUUUAGCUUUAUAUUUCACUGCGUAACUAAGCAGUUUUUGUUAUGUUUUUCUUAGUGAGGAUGUAUUCACCGAUACAGACCAAUUGCAGACUCAACUUAAAAAUAUUCUAACGCAAGUUAAGGUAAGUAAACUUCUUAGAAAGAAACGCCGACGUUAAGAUUUAAUAAGCUUCGUUUUGACAUGUUGUACACACACAGAAACGACAUAGCCCGCGAGCAAGCUAUCCACUUGGACCUAACCCCAGUUUCUCAAAAAGUGGAUAGCGCUAGAUUUAUCCAGCGGAUAACGCAAUUGGUUUCACAAUUACUUAUCCACUGGAAAGUGGUUUAUCCGGUGGAUAGCGCUAUCCAGCGUGUGAACAACCGGGGCCUUGCUCUUAAAACCUUAGAUAGCGUUAACCACCGGAUAAAUCACUAUCCAGGUGAUAGUGAUAGAGGAAACCACUUGUGUUUACCACUAGAUAGAGAUUUAUCCGGUAGAUCAGUAGUGUUAUUCGCCAUUCCUUUCUUUACUUGUAAAUAAGCAGCAGCCAACUCGAAAGCUUUGCUAUUUUGGCUGUCAGCACAGUGAUUCUAAAAUUGUACAUAUAGUUAUAUAAUUUCUAUCAAUUUGUUUUCUAUAGUUUCUUAUAUUCUCAUUUGUUUCUUCACCUUUGUACCUGAAUAGUGUGAAUGAAAGACUGUUGUUGUUUAUGUCGUGCCGAGGCGAAAAGCUAUCCGAAAUAGUGUGAACAAAGCCUAAGUUAGUAACAAUCCUUCAUUCCUCUAUUCUAUUAACAGAACCAUGCUAGUUCGUGGCCUUUCCAAAGACCUGUAGAAAUCUCGGAGGCACCAGAUUAUUAUGACCACAUCAAGUAUCCGAUGGGUGAGUUAUUUUCAGCACCAACGUAUUGUGUGUUAGUGUUUUGUUGAAACAUAAUGGUGUGAAUUCCGGUUUAGACCUCCCUGUCGUAAGCGUUUUAAUAGAGACCUUACGGGGACGAGAGUUUCUCAAUACUAAGAAGUAGGCACGCUUGAACCAGCGUCAUUUUGGCAGGAAAACUAGAUAGCCGUCGUCAUUCUACCACGGGUUAAGUGAAAUUGUCGUAGUGACGGAAACAGGUUAUGAAAUGAAAAAUUUCUAUCGUGUUGCGAUCGAGAGAGGGCUUAAUCUCCUUCAAUAAGAAUAACCAUGUAAACUUUUCUGGUGAAUAAAUUGAAAUGAAGCUUUCCAGGGUGUCUAUGUUUUGAGAAUACAUUGUGGUGUAUGCAACAAAAACUCGAAGUCAAGCCUCGUCCUCAAAUCUAAAGGUCUCUGAUGGUUGGUUUUCUGAGAAACAAAAUUAACCAGUUUCCCGAGGAACAAAUUGUUAAUUGAUUUGUUAUAAUUAUAUGCCAAGGAAAAAAGUAACGUGUACAAAUCUAUGAAAGUAUUUCUCAGCGUUACUGGGUUCUGGAUUUCUUGUCAGUUGAGCUUGGAUUUUAGAUUUCAAUAGUUAACGGGUUACGGAAAUGAAGCACUCGAAAACGAAGACCGAAGCACGAAGCACCCAAAUCUCGAAAACGAAGCACCCAAAUCUCGAAAACGAAGCACCUAAGACUCGAAAACGAAGCACCCAGGACUCGAAAACGAAGCACCCAAAACUCCAAUUCGAAACACCCAAAUCUCGAAACCACUGUAGGUUGAAGGACCUACAACUUUAAGUCUUGCAUGACGCAAGCCAAACCAGGUGAAGGCAACGGAUGCGUAAAAGCCUUAAAAUAGUAGUUCCCUCCUCCGUCCACGAAAGCACGAAGGUCUGAACAUUCGAGCACGUUUAUUUCUGCAGCGAUUGAACGUGUUUCAAAUUGAUCACGUUUCACUGACAAGACUGACAAGUGCUGACUGUUACCGCUGUCAUUCCUUAUAUUGUUUAGCGCGAGUUUUCCAAAAUCUGCCUGCCCCGCACAAGCACUAAGGCGUUUUUGAUCUUUUUGCCGACUUUCAAAGGAAACUUCGGCUCGCACUAAGCAUUGUCCACCGAUGACAGAUUUCUACCACAAGGUAGUGCGACCCAUACCUUCGUCAAGGUAGCCUACGUGUAGCCGCACCCUCCCCACGACAAAAAAAAAUUCAUAUAAACUCUUUAAAAUAUUUUUCAGUUUUCCUGUUAAACAGUAAAAUUCGUCAUGCAUCUACUACCUGGAGGGAACUAAUUCGAAAAUCAUUAUGUUUGCCUAUUUUCAGGAAUAUCACAGAAAUCGCGAAAAAAAUUAAGAUUUUUUUGUCACAAAAUUACAGAAGUUUGUAUGGAUCUUUAACCAUGUUUCAAGAGUCAUAGAUGGAUCCCUGUUCAACCUUAAAGCACCAAACUUGGUCAAAUAUCCAAUCUCAACAUGUCCUUUUUAUACGGUGGUGUCAGUUUCUCUAUUAGUUUAAAUCUGAUACUCGCCCCAGUGCCCUACGCAACUCCAAAACGGCCAAUAGUCAGGGCGACGGCAUCUCGUAGUUCUACUUGAAUAGUUUUAAACUGCAUUCUAUUCGUUAUCGUGCUUGAUUUCUGCUGUGUUAGCAUUGGUGACUUGACAAGGGACUGUCUAGUGUUUUUAAAGGACAGACAGGUUUCGAGAUUUGGGUGCUUCGUUUUCGAGUUUUGGGUGCUUCGUUUUCGAGAUUUGGGUGCUUCGUUUUCGAGUCUUGGGUGCUUCGUUUUCGAGUCUUGGGUGCUUCGUGCUUCGUGCUUCGUUCUUCGUUUUCGAGUGCUUCGUUUUCGAAACUACCGGUUAUGGAUUCCUUGAGCUGAAUUCCAGAUUCCACCCGCAACAAUUUCUCUAAUUCUGGAACCCGGAUUAUCUUACAUUGGGCGAAACGACCUUAAACGGAUAUUUUUUGUUAAAAGUUCCCAUAGUUGUUAAGUUUAUAAACGAAUUCAUCGUUCUCAUAUCCACAACUGUAAACAAAUCCUUAAGGCUCGUCAAAGACGAUUCCAAGACGGCCGGAAAGGCCUGGAGCGAUAGUGACGGGCACACGACCACGAAAUUGGCACGUGUAACCUUUUCACCUAAGUAGACAUAAUUCUACAUAUUUAGCACGCUUGACAAGAAAAAAACAAUUGUUCCGCAGUCUCUGGCAAGCAGUGUAAAUUGUGUUCUGUUGUAGCCAUGCUGUGCACUCACACAAGGGGUUUGAGAUUAAUUACCUACAGGUGGUUAUCGUUGUGGUCUUUUUCUCUCGUUUUUUUUUUUUUUUGGUUAACUUCAAAGAUUUACUCAGUCAUUUCCUCUCUAUCAGUUUACGGCCGUGAGAUUCAAUAAACGUGGUUAACUAAUGAUAUUUCGCCCAGUAAAUCUAACUCCAGCUUGUCACUGUCGAGAUAUAUGUUGUAGUUAAUUUUUUAUCUCAGGUAAUUUUUGUUUUUGAGUAUGGUAAUGUAUGCUAAUGAAAUGGAAGCAAAGGAAACUUGAGAUUAAAAAAAAUUAACUACAACAUACACCCUUUCUCUCACCUCCAUAUAUAAAACGUGGUUAAGUCCGUUAAAAUCCCAACGUGCGAUGAUAUUUAACACAUGGGAGCCUUACUUUGAUAUCGGUUGCUAUUUCUCAUUGUAAGCAAGGUGAAUCGUGUGAGUUCAGGAAGAUUAAAAUUCACAUAAAAGCGACUGUGCUGUACUGUGCAGUACUUCCCUGUGGUACAAGGUGGUUUUAACUUGUGAGUCUGUGGAUGAAAUCCUAUGUUGUUACCAUUCAUAUGAAAGCUACUGAGCAGUACUUUUCUGUGGUACUGUUUAUCAUACACCGUACAGGGUGGUUCUAUCUUUUGAGGUUGCCACUGAAAUUUUAAUUCAUGUAGCCAUUAAAGUGAGAGCUAAAGGGUAGUACUUUCCUGUGGUACUGUUUAUCACGGUGCACAAAGUAAUUCAAACUUUUUGGCUGUGGAUGAAAUUCUGUAAUGUGACCUUUUUGAGUGAAAGCUAUGAAGCACUAGUUUUCUAAAGUACUGUUAGUUGUGCUGUUCAUAGUGGUGGUAACGUUUGAGUCAGUGGUCGAAAUCAUUAAGAGCGUUUGUUCAAAUAAGAACCUUUUAGGCGCAAUCCAUAUAAAUCCACAUGUUUUUGAAACCGCAUAUUUUUUUACUCCAAUCGGCCUUCUCUCCAUGCACGCGGUCUACUUGAAACCAGUGAAUCCGCUCACCGAACCCCAUCUUUUUGAAACCGCUCUUCAAAACGGUUUAACCCCUUAAGCCCUAAGAAUGAUCAGCAUCAAAUUUCUCCUUGUAAUAUCACUGCUUUGUAAAACAGAGUGGUCAUGAGAAUUACGGACAUUAUCACACAAGAUGAAUUUGCUUGAUAUUUUAUCAACUUCUCUCCACUACUUUGGUGGAAAAUGAAUGGGGGCAACAAACGCGAAUUCAAAUUUUGAUCUUAGGGUCUGAAGGGUUAAGGCGUCGUCCACAAGAAUCCUGGUAAACAAAUAGAUUGAUUUACUUGAACCGUGUAAUAGGUAGUAGAAUACUACUCACUAUUAUGCACCAAUUCUGUUGUCUUCUUUUGUUUACCCGUCGCUAUUUUUGCACUAUUUGUUAUCUGUUUCACGGUUCAAGUAAAAUCGUGUGUACAGGGUCAGAGUCGUUAUUUCUUGUAGUAUUGUUCUCUUUGAGUUGUACAUCGCCGCUCAACGUGUUUGUUUGAGGAUAAAAUCUUUAAAGACUGGCCUGUAGCUUUGCAUUGCGCUAGCAGGGUCUACCCGUUGAAACGUUUACUGGUUAUCACAAGGGAACAGUGUUUUAGUUUUUCUUGUUUUCAAAUUGAGUCAAUCAUUAUUGAGGAAGUGAACAUCUUCAUUUUUUUCCUUUUUCCUCAGAUCUGCGUACAAUGACCGAGAGACUAAAGAGUGGUUAUUUUAGCUCCAAAAAACUUUUUACCGCCGAUAUGAUGAGGAUUUUCACCAACUGCCGAACGUAUAAUGCUCCCGACACUGAGUAUUACAAAUGCGCGAACACCGUGGAACGAUUCUUUCUCAGUAAAGUCAAGGAACUUGGAAAGAGUUGA